AUGACGUCAUCGUGCAUGGAAAAUGGAAAAUGCAAGAAAAAUUUCCCAAAGCCGUAUACGAAUGACACUAUCACGGAUAUUGAUGGUUAUCCAAUGUAUCGCCGCAGAAAUACUGAUAAUGGUGGCCACACAUUCACAAUGCGACUGCCGAAUUUUACAAAUCAAGUAGAAUUUGACAAUCAGUGGGUGGUACCAUACUCACCAUUACUUUCAAAAACUUAUGAGGCUCAUAUCAAUGUCGAGCUUUGCAGUUCUGUAAAAUCAAUUAAAUACAUUUGUAAAUAUGUAAAUAAAGGCAGUGAUUUGGCCAUAUUUGAAGUACAAAAUAUAAAUAAAAAUGACGAAAUAACACGAUACCAAAUGGGUAGAUACAUUAGCAGCAACGAAGCUAUUUGGCAUAUUCUUAGCUUUCCCAUACACGAAAGAGACCCUUCUGUCCAGCAUCUAGCAAUACAUCUUGAAAACGGUCAACGAGUAUACUUCACUGAAGAAAAUAUUUUCCAAAGAGCGCUUGAGGCUCCAAAAACGACACUAACUGAAUUUUUUACAUUGUGUAAAAAAUCUGAUAUUUUUGGCCAAUUCGCAAAGACAUUGAUAUAUAGUGAUGUUCCACGUUAUUUCACAUGGAACAAAUCUGGUAAAAAAUGGGAGUCACGAAAACAAGGAAAAACACAUCCUUCCAUUACAGGCAUAUUCAAAGCUAAGACAUUGGGGCGGCUUUACACGGUACAUCCGAAGCAACGUGAGUGCUUCUAUUUACGUUUGUUAUUGGUGAAUGUUCCCGGACCAACGUCUUUUGAAUUUUUGCGAACAUUUAAUGGCCGAGUAUUCAAUACAUACCAAGAUGCAUGCCGUGAACUGCAUUUGCUAGAAGACGAUAACCAUUGGGACUUAACGCUUGCUGAUGCUGCGUUAACAUCAAUGCCCAAUAACAUUCGUCAGCUGUUUGCAAUUAUUUUGAUGACAUGUUAUCCAUCGCAAGUACAAACUUUGUGGGAAAAAUAUAAAAAUUGUAUGACAGAAGACAUAUUGCACCGAAUUAGACAAACAGAUCAAUGCCAAAACAUUGAUUAUACGCCACAGAUGUAUAAUGAAGCGUUAAUGCUGAUCGAGGAUUCAUGUGUUUUAAUUUCAAAUUUACCACUUAAUCAUUAUGGUAUGCCAUCACCUGAUCGCCCAGCUACCGACUUAGUCAACACCGAUUUACAACGAGAAAAGCAAUAUGACCAUGGUAUUUUAGCAACAAUUAUCGGGAACAGUGAGCCAUUAUUGACAGCAGAACAAAAAAUUAUUUAUGAUCGGAUUAUGCUGACUGUUGCUGCUGAGCAAGGCGGUUUUUUUUUCUUGGACGCACCAGGUGGAACCGGUAAGACGUUUUUAAUAUCAUUGAUUCUUGCCAAAAUACGGUCACAAAGGAAAAUCGCAUUGGCAGUUGCAUCGUCAGGCAUUGCGGCUACUUUGCUAGAUGGUGGGCGAACGGCACAUUCAACAUUAAAGCUGCCUUUGGACAUUCAUAAUAAACCAAACGCAAUAUGUAACAUAAAAAAGAAUAGUGGAAUAGCUGCAGUGUUGCGUAAGAGUUCAAUCAUAAUUUGGGAUGAGUGCACAAUGGCUCACAAAUAUUCAAUCGAAGCAUUGCAUAGAACUAUGCAAGAUUUAAACGGCAAUGAUAAACUUUUCUGUGGUGAUAUCUUACUUUUGUCUGGUGAUUUCCGUCAGACCUUACCGGUUAUACCUCGCUCUACUUUCGCGUAUGAGAAAAGGGACAAUGCAGAACGCGAUAACGGAGAGGAACACCAUUCCAAAGGGAAUUGGAAGGAUCAGUGGGCUAAGCGUGUGAAGGCUCAAGGCCUCUACUUUGAGGGGGAUCAGGGUCUCAAUUUCGUCACGUAA